CUUCUCUCCCCAUCUUAUCACGCCGCGUUCCCUCCUCUCCCCAGUUUCCCUAGCCUCCCCCGUCUCCCCCGCUCCGCCACCAUGGCGCACCUGAGGGGCGUGGCGGAGGCGUCAGCACGGAUAUUCGGGAACGUGAUCGGCAACGGGCUGCGGUCGGGGCACAAGGUGCUGAGCCAGAAGCUGAUCGGCGACAAGGUGCUCGCGUGGUACCCGGAGCCGGUACAGAAGAUGGAUCCGCUCUACGUCGACCCCACGGAACCCAAGCGAGUGCUCAAAAUAGAGCGCAUGAAGAGACGAGGGAAGGGUGUGCCCAAGAAGGGAGAGGGCAAGAGAGCAGGCAAGAGGAAAUGACAGCAGCAAUGACAGAACGUGUUCUCGGAAUAUACCUAGAGAAUGUGUUUAUACUAAUAGUGACCUAGUACCGUAAAAGGGGAGACGAGUUGGAGUAGAGGCAGGCUGGGUAGGGUUGGGAGACAGUAGGCCUGGUAGACUGGGCAGAGGAGUGGAGCAGAGCAGCAGAGCGCUGGCAGUUUUGAGCUCAGUGUUCUCAAUUUGCUCCUCUUGCAGUGCGCCUGUCAGACAAUGAGAUGAGCGU